AAAUUAUCGUCCGCUGCUAGAUGUACUGGUUUAAUGAAUCUCAGCAUGUCGAGUAAGUUGAUCGUAUGUGGAGUAUGCGAAUACCGCAACAUCAACAAACCCUCGGUAGUCUGGUGUUCGGAAUGCGACGAAGGUCUUUGCAAGGAGUGCCAAGAGCAUCAUGCAGCUUCAAAGGUUUCCAGAGACCAUAGUUGUGUACAAAUCUCCGAAUACCAGAAGCUUCCUGCCAAUAUACUGGAAAUUACUCAUAAUUGUCCAAAGCACAAUGAAAAAUACCAAAUAUUUUGUAAGAAACACGAUAGUCCUUGCUGUAGACGAUGCGUUGUUGAAUCGCAUGAUCAAUGCGGUGGGUUAAACGCGAUAGAUGACGUCAUCCAAAAUGUUAAGUCUUCAAAUGCAUUCUUAGAGAUUGAACAAAUGCUUGUGGAGGUCUCGGAAAAUUUACAGAGAAUAAGAAAAGGUCGACAAGACAACAUUCAAAGUCUGAAGGAGAACAAGACCAAAAUUGAAUUGGAAAUUAAGGAGACACGAAUAUUGAUUAACGAUCAUCUCGAUAAACUGCAGGAAAGUCUGCUGAAAGAGUUGUAUGCCGCUGAGGAAAAGGAAAACAAGAAAAUCAGCUGUUUAAUAUCAUCCAUACAAGAGAAAGAAAUGGAGAUAACAGAAUACCUGACCAAUUUCGAUAAAAUAAAACAGCAUGCUUCAGACCUCCAGACAUUCGUGGCUAUGAAACACAUCCAACAAGACGUAUCAAAAAACGAACAAUUCAUAGAAUCCAUGUUAAAAGAAGACAAAACGAACAAUGUUACCCUUUCUUUUAAAAAAGAAAAAGUUUUCGAAAAUCUACCUACCACUCUUAUCAAGAUGGGACCCAUUAUCGUAGAUACCAUGUCAAGUGAUAUAACACUAACAAGACGGAAGAACAAACAAGCACAGAUAAUGCUGCCUUCUACGCACGUUCCAACCAUUGAUGAUAUAAAAUUAACUUUGAAACAGACCGUGAAUACAAUGGGAGCAUAUAUCACUGAUUGCUCCUUACUACCUGAUGGUAGAAUGAUUUUCUCCGGUUACGAAAGUAACAAAAUCUACGUAAUCAAAACCGACGGAUCGUUAGAUUUUACAUUACAGACAGGAUCGUGUACAUCUCAUAUGCACUUUAAAGAGGACAUUCAAAAACUUGUUGUAACAUCUGGCAUUGAAAAGUCUAUCACGAUAAUCGAUAUGAAAAACAGAAAAACUGAAAAAUUGAUUCAAUGCGGGUCAUCGGUUUAUGGAAUAGCUUACAACAAUGGACAAUUGUUCUAUAAUGGAUAUGACAGUGGUUUAUGUGUUGUAAGUUUAGAUAACGACUCAGUGACACAGCUAGAAAACGUUAAGUUGCGUUCGAAUAGCAGCAUUGCAAUAUGGUCAGAUCAACUUUAUUAUCUAAACAUUGAUGAUUCAGUAGUAUGCUGUGAUCUUCAAGGGAAACUAAAAUGGAAAUCAGAACUUGCUUCAUUUCUUCGAAGUGCACAAGGUAUUGCGGUAGACAAUCACGGACGUGUGUAUAUAUCAGGCUUUUAUUCUCACAAUGUCGUUGUUAUUUCACCAGACGGACACAAACAUAGGGUGUUGCUUUUAAAGAAAGAUGGUAUUAAAAAUCCACAAUCUUUGUUCUUUGAUCGAACAAAUAACAAGUUACUAAUUUCGAAUCAAACAAAUGAGGCAUUUCUUUAUGAUGUUUCUAAUAAGUGACACGGCACAUAUGAUCUUUUAAAAGGAACAUAUACAUAUGUUUUGAAAUGUGAUACAUUCGAUGCUUAUACUCCCAGAAUUUUAUGUAACUACCCCUGAUUUAGUCGUGAUACAUGAUAUUCAUCUACAGCAAUCCCAAUCAAACUAAUAAGAUAUACAGUAGUAGUAAGAAAUAAUUUUAAAAAAAUGUGUUCAGCUUGGUAUUAUUUCAAUUUGUUGUUUAGAUCAAGUAAAUUUCUUUGUUUUUGGUAUUUCGAUGUAGAUUAAUUCCGCCUCUCUUAUUGGAUAUCGAUUUAUUUGCUGGAUUACAGUGUAUGGGCAUACAUGUACAUCAUUUAAGUCUUUAAUGGGAAAUUAGAAACCGCAAAUUAUUGUAAUAUUUUGUAUGAUUUAUCAAAUUUUCGAGUUUCAUUUUGUGCUUCUUUGUUACAUAUUUGUUUGUUUUUAAACUGAUUAAGAUUGUACACAAUGUUGACUGCAGUAUCUCUAUUUUUGACAUUUGUACCUGUAAAAUUUGUUUGUUUGUUCUCCCUUUGUUGUCAAUGUAAUGAAUUUGAUGCUAGUGUCACGCAAAUGAAAAGUUAGACUAGCUUUCAAAUUUGGUUUAAUCCACCAUUUUCUACAUAGGAAAAUCAAUAUACUCAAUCAGGAGUAUGACAGUUGAUAUCCAUUCGUUUGAUGUGUUUGAGCAUUUGAUUUUGCCCUUCGAUAAGGGACUUUCUUUUUUUUUAUUUUCCUCGGAGUUCAGUAUUUUUGAGAUUUUAAUUUCUGCAAGAAAUACCUAAUUGGAUUUUAUUAUCAAUUUGUGUUGAAAUGAAUACGGAUGAAAUAUUUGUCAAUGGAAGUUAAGAAAUCGACGAUUAAUAAAUAAAAUUUCUGAUAACACUUAUCCUUGCUGCGAUUUAACACGUGGUCAAUCUAGCGAAAUUAAAGAAACAUUGUAGUCUUGUUUCAAAUUAAUAUCAAAUAUGCAAAUUGGUAUUAACUCACAAAAUGCAAGAUACAAUAUUGACUGCAUUAUAGUCCAUCAGCUGGUAGGGCAAAAUUUCAAUUCUGUGUUACACCCUAGGGUACCGCAAUAUUUUUGUAAAAAUUUAAAGAGUAAUAUCCGCAGAAUAUUUUAAGAGGUGUUAGACUUUUGAAAAAGUGUCCAAAAGGGGUUAAAAGGGGACUUAUUUAAGGGUAUAUCAAAAGUUUUGUUUUGCACAUAUUUACAGAAAUAUGUAAAAAAAAAACAAGUAUUCAGUGCUAUUCUUUUUAUUAAAAGGAACACAUCAUAUCUUAUUAAAAUGUUUCAAAUUGUUGACUUGGUACAAUAUACUCUUCUUAAAGAAACAAACAAAUAUUUUGAAGCAUUCGAUGUUUAUACGCUCAGACGUUUGUGUAACUACACAUGAUUUAGUCGAUAUACAUGUAAUUCCUAUACAGCAAUCAAACUUACAAAUAUAAAGAAUUAAUUAAGUUGUAAUUAAUAAAGUGAUAAUCUUGGUAUUUUUUUGGUUUGUUGUUUAGAUACAGAAAACUGCAUUAUGACUGAUAUUACGAUGUAGGUUUAUAAAGCCCCACUUAUUGUUUAUUGAUUUGUUUAUCGUACGAAAAUUAGCUAAAUAACAGAACUAGUGUAUAUUCAGAACGCCUUUAUUAAACAAACUAAUAAACAUCAAACAUUAAUACUUGGGUAUGUUUAUAAUAUUUAUUUACUCUUACUUACCGCAAUUGUUAUCGAUUUUGUCAUGUCGGGUCUCUUAUAACUUCAUAUGCAGUAUAGCUUUUGCUCAUUGUUGAAGAAGACAAACGGUAACUUAUAGCCGCUAACAUUUAUGUCGUAAUAUUUUUCUUAUUUGCAAUCAUACCACAUCCUCUUAUUUCAAUGUUACGUAACUAGUAUAAUUCAUAGUUAUUUGUUAUAUGCGUCUUUUUUAAUUUGAUAUAAGAAGUGUGUGCUGUGAUAUUGAUAGCUUUACUUUAAUAAAGACAAAAUGAGUUAUG